CUAAAAUAGAACAUUUAUAUGAUUUAAGAUAUAUUGACUACAAAGGCCUAAAGGUGAAGCUAGAAAACAUUCAGCAAUCUCAAUAUGUAGAACCAGAAUCACCGACCACUUAUUUUAGUAAUGUUUGUGAAUCACCAACUACUUAUGGCCAUUCCGAAAGCUUUCAAUCUUUUCCUUUCACGUCUAUUAAAGAGGAAUCUAUUAAAGAGGAAGACGAGAAUCAGACGCAAUUACAAAAUGAAUCUAUCAAACGUAAACCUACUCAUUCUGACCCAGUAAGGCCAUCACUCUCUCCACUAAAGAUUAAAAUAGAUAAUUUUAGACGGGCGAAUUCCUUGCUCACAAAAGUACCUUCUCGAUUAAGAAGCAAAUCAAUUCAAAGAACUCCAAUUAUAUCCCUUGAUACGAUUAAAAAUCAAUUGCGUCCCGAUGAAGUAGAAUUUUUCGAGGCUUUAGACAUAGAACUAAAAAAAAUUAAUGACUUUUAUGAAGAAAAAGAAUCAGAUGCGCGAGAACAUUUCAAUAGAAUAAAUCAAUCAUAUGAAGAAUUAAAGGCUUUGAAAGCAGCCAAUCAAUCAAAUUCGCCUCGUAGUGACUGGACUUCGAAAUUAUUUAAAGAACGCGAUAAUAAUAUUUCUAGUCCAUCCACAAAUGAAACAUUAUUCGCGAUAGAUUAUAAAGAUGCGAGAAAAAGAAUGAAAAAGGCUAUUUUCGAAUUUUAUCGAGGCAUUGAAAUGCUAAAACAUUAUCGAAAUAUUAAUCACGCCGGAUUUAAAAAAAUCCUUGAGAAAUUUGAUACGGUUACAAAACUAAAUGGGAGUGAAACUUAUCUGAAAAAAGUUAAUCAAACCAGUUUUGUAAAAAGUAAAAGGGUAGAUGUACUAAUGAAAGACACUGAGUAUAUUUUUAAUAAACUUUUUGGCGGUAGCUCUCGAUCGUAUGCGAAAAAGAAACUUAAAACACCUAAUAGAAGACACAAAACUUAUUACCUUCCCACAAUACGAUCAGGAAUAUAUAUAGGCUUGGCUGCUCCUUCCUUAUAUAAUGCCUUAAAAAUUGCAAUCGCAGAAAAUGGAACUCAUGAAUUACAAUUAUAUGCUGGGUUAAUUCUUCCAAUGAUUCUCUUAUUGCUUAUAGGUGUAAUUAUGUAUGUUUGGACAAAAUUACGCAUUAAUUACAAGUUUAUAUUCGAACUUAAUCCAAGACAAAAUCUAGAUUUUCGUCAAUAUAUCGAGAUUACAUCAUUUAUGCUUUUGCUAGUUUGUUUAGCGACGUAUGCGGAUGUUACGAAUUUAUUUUCAAUUCAGCAUCCUUACUACCCCUUGAUAUUAGUAAUUGUAAUUCUUGCUGUAGUUUUAUGCCCGUUCCGAAUAUUUUAUUACAGUGCAAGACGCUGGUUUGUUUUCGGCCUGGGUCGCAUGCUUAUCUCACCUUUUAUCGGUAUCGAAUUUCGAGAAUUCAUUAUUGCUGAUCAUUGUAAUAGUUUAUCUUAUACUUUUGGUGCUUUGCAAGUACUUCCUUGUUUUGCAU